AGGGUAGUGGGCGGAGCUUGUGCGUCGAACUCGGGACGGACGUUCGACGUGGGAGGAACGCAGUGCGCGCGCGCGCAUGACGCAGUUGCCCAUGGUAACCGGGAGCCGCGUAGAGGAUGGGUUUGCUGUCAAUUCUGCGCAAAUUGAAGAGUGCACCAGACCAGGAGGUAAGAAUCCUCCUCCUGGGAUUGGAUAAUGCAGGCAAGACCACACUUUUGAAACAACUAGCAUCUGAAGACAUCACCCACAUUACUCCCACACAGGGUUUUAACAUCAAAAGCGUGCAAGCACAAGGUUUCAAGCUGAAUGUGUGGGACAUUGGUGGACAGAGGAAGAUCAGGCCAUACUGGAGGAAUUAUUUUGAGAACACCGAUAUCCUGAUUUAUGUCAUUGAUAGUGCAGAUAGAAAGAGAUUUGAAGAAACGGGUCAGGAGCUAGCGGAACUCUUAGAUGAAGAGAAGCUAAGUGGUGUUCCUGUGCUCAUCUUUGCGAACAAACAAGAUUUGCUGACGGCAGCCCCUGCUGCAGAGAUUGUAGAGGGUCUGAACUUGCACACGAUCCGUGACAGAGUCUGGCAGAUUCAGUCUUGUUCGGCCCUCACAGGAGAGGGUGUGUCGGAUGGCAUGAACUGGGUCUGCAGAAAUGUCAUUGCAAAGAAGAAGUAAAUGAACUGCGUUGCAUGGAAUUGGAGGGGCUGCAGGAGCCAAACACGCUAGCUGGCUGCUAGCAUCUGACCAAAUAUUUUUCCAUCUGUGUGCAGCUAUAGCUGUUAGAAAUGGGAACAGCAGCUAAGCCUACUGCCCAAAUUGGAACUUUACCUUCUCUCUAGUAUCAUUUCCCUCCAUAUAUGCAUUUCUUCCCCCCACCCCUACCCCUUUUGGCAUAAGUAGUAUUGAGAGUCUCCACAUUCAUCUGACUAAAGAAUAAAAUCUGAAAACAGGAGCAGAUUGAAGUCUGCCAUAAAGACUUCCAGUGGGUUCCGCAGAGUGUAGGAUGAUCAUAGCAAUGUGUAUGGGAGCCUGCUUCAGUUCUGAAGUCACUCAGGAUGCUCACCUGGUGCCACUCAAAGCUUUUCUCAUCGGCAAAUGAGCUGAUGUUUUAUUAGCAUCUGUGCUUCAGUUUUAAAACAAUACAUUACUUUGUAGAAUGCUGGCAAGACACUCCUAUGGCCUCAUGAAGAGCCUUUAUUAUAGCGAGAUACCCAGGUGUCUGCCCUUCCUUUUACAGAGACCUGCGUUGUAACUCAAGUUCUUAACAGUCUGAAUGUUAGAAGCAUCAGAGUGCUAGAGAUGCUGUCAUUUAUCAAAUAAAACAGUGUCAGACUGCAGUGCAGUGUUGCCUUUAUGGUUGGUGUAAACAGACCAAGAGCUCUUUGACAUUCAGUCUCGUUGCACUGUAAAAAUCCCUCCAUGAGGGUGGAGUUUAACAGCAUAUAGUGGUAGUCAAUUUAGUGCUCUAAGUCUUAGCUGCAGGUUAAUUUAGGGGGGCGUGUUUUGAGAAGAGCUUUUGGUAGGCUGCAUCUGCCUCCUAUAAGCCAUGUAGCAAAUGUGCUUCUCCCAAGUAGUCGAAACAGUAAUAGACUGAGAUUAACAGGUUCAAUGUAGUGGCUCUAUCCAAAUGAGUUGUUGUGGGUGUAUAGUCUGGGAUCGCUUUUUUGUGAGUCUGCACUGCUUCCUGCACUGUUAGUUUAGAACUACAUUUCAGAACUAUCUGUGCAGGAAGUAACUGUCUGGAUGUGUUCAAAAAGAGAUGUCCCUCACUUCAGGAAAUACCUGACCAAUUUAAGUUGCAGUUUAGAGCGAAAGGUAUAGAUGAAUCUCUGGCAAGAGAAGCAUUCCUCUAUCAGUCCUAAGAAGAAAAACCCAGAGUCUAUAACUUCUUAAAUCCAGAAUAUUCGUUAGGAAAAUGCAUGAAGGAUGCACUCUCCCCUUUGAGGGAAUAGUCAUAUAGUAUGAUUGCGAAAUCUCAGCAUAUCGCUACAACACCAGGAAAUGACAUAGGAGGCUGCUUCUCGCCUCUGGGUCAUCUGCUAGAUUUGUCCAAGUUCAAAGUAAUUUGGCGAGGGCAGUCUUGCAUGCAAUGAAUUUAGCACGCAGCAUGCAGAUUAUAACCAGAGUAUAGGCCAGAAAAUGCCAUGGCAACUAUAAUGCCCUUUCUCAUUCCUAGUGGGAGGGAGUAAACUUGCUUUGCUAAACCUUGGGAAAUGUGUAUACAUUGUGGAGAGCCAGAGCACAAUAGCUGCUUUCAGACAUUUGUUGACCAUAUAAUCCAUUGUCACUAUAUUGUGUUUUUUUUGCUUAUUCCUUAUUAAUCUAGACAAAGUAAUGGCAAUAAUUUCUAGUCCACCUUGACUUGGAUUCUGUCUUGCUAUUAAUUUGUGGUUUGCAACAGACAUAAAUUCUAGAUUAGAUAAAUUAAGUCUAUAUCCCACCUACUUCAACCGAUUUGUAAGGGAAAUAAAUCCAUAAGCAAACAUUACAACAGUGAGCAAGAAUAAAAUAAAGUACAGACAACAGUCCAAAUCAAUCCAUUGAGAACCCCCAAGCGUGACAGCUAAAAUACAUAUUUGCACAAACUGCUAAAAUAUCACUAAGAGCAGAUACUUCCUAUUGCUUGCUUUCUACAGGGAAGCUGGUGACAUGUUGCAAAUACUGAUUUGCGUUUUAGAAAAGGCUUUCACUCUUUAGAGGUCCAGUGUGCAAAAGUGGCAGCAGGAACCUUUUUUUUUUCUUGCACUUGUAGCCCAAUUUUGAAAGAAAUGAAAUAUGUCUGCAACUAUCCAGUCCAGAUGUUAUAGAGAGGCCUAUCUCUGCUCAUGCCAUAAUGUCUGGAAGCGUCUCCCCUAAAAUUCAACAAACCUAAGUCAGCCUGUUCAGUUCAGGAAGAAGUACAUUUCCUUCAGUGUGCAGCAAGCUAACGAAGCACCCCCAAUACUUACUACCAGGUUGACAAACUCUGAAGCAAACUGACCAUGCUGCCUUCUCUGCUUCUAUCUUUGAGCACAAAAUACAGCUCUCUAUUAUCUCAGACAGUGAAUGCAGAUUGCCCAGGGCUGUCCUGUUUCUGUUUCUUUCUCAUCUCUUGCUAAGCAUAUUUUUUUUGUGGAAAAUGGGAUCUCAUUGAGCCAAAAGGAACUACCAUGGUUCAUCGACUUCAACAAGCAGCUAUCAUACCUGCAUCAAGUUUGAAUCAUUUUGACCUAACUAGAUAUUCUAAGAACUAGAAGACAGGGCUGACCCAAUGACCCCAGAGGCCAAUAUCCUGGCUCUGAAAAUGACCUAUGCCACAUGGAUGCUUCACAAAUAAGUUGCAAGACAGGACAGUUAUGGAACAAUCUCCCUCUUAUUUCUAACAAAUGGAAAAGACUGCCCUGAGCAGGCGAAUUCGCAACUUCUAACUGUUUAGUUCACAGUUCUUAAACCAAUCUUCAUGGUUUUAUCUAAUCCUUUUUAAAAAAUAAUUUUAUUCCAGCUCUGCUAUUGGCUUUCACAAUAUCCCCAGUUCAGCUAGUUCUGCACUGAAUGUAGUGUGUGAAAGGGUUUUUCUUUCAUUUAAGUACAACAACAGCCACACUGACUCUUUGACAAGGUGUUUUGCUAUAUAUAUGGUACAUGUUUCCUAUCUGAAUACUGUGCUACAUUUACAGGUGAGCCAGAAUGGAUGAAGUAUAGCCUUGAGAGACCGGAGUAGUAUUGUUCAUGUCACAUACUAGAAUGAAGAAGGCAUGUUUCAGAUGUGGUUUAAUUACUUGUUUCUUUGAUUAAACAUAGCAGGAUUUGCUCUCUUUCUUACAUACCAGAUGAUGCUCAGUUGCUAUAAAAAGCCAUAGCUGCAAAUGCUGUCCAUUACACCUUUUCCGUUCUCUCAAUAGGGUACAUCAGAUUUUUAUUUUUUUUUAGUUCUUAGUUUUAUUCUCUCUUUUUUGACAUUCAUGAAAAGGGUGUGUGUGAUGAUAAGUUGAUGAUGCUAAGCCUUGGUGUAUAUGUUUAGAUGUUUGGCAAACUUGAAUAAAAUUUAGUAGAAAUG